UUUUUAUUUAUUUUUUUAAAGAAUUCGUUAAUCUAGGAAUGUUGCAAAAUUUAUACAAAACAGGCAAAUGAAAGGAAAUUUAAAUUUCAAUAGAAUUCAGUAGGAAAUUACGUGAAAAUCAAUGUAAUAAAUAUUUCGACAAUAUGAAGAGUGUUUCUUCUUUGAAUAAAUAGUGACUUACUCAACGUUUUUUACAAGAUAAACUAUAAUCUACAACAGCCUAAUUUAGCUUUUAAACAAUUCUAUUUAAAUCUAAUUUGUAGUAAAUUCAUCAUAAAAAUUUUAUUUCAUUUGCAGUUUAAUUGUUUUAUAAUUUUUUUUGCAUUUUCUAGAUUAUAAAACACGUUUUUUCUUCGGAUAAUAAGGAAGCAAACUGAAUCAGACUUACAGAAUUUUUUUUAGUUGCAGUUUCUCUAGGUUUUACGAAGAAAUUUAAAAUGGAAUGAAAAUAUUCACAACAAUUUUUGUGAGAAUUACGCUGUAGGUCCGGUAAGGGUAUAGAAUAGUGGGAAUAUUUACGUAAAAUUAGUGAAAAAAUCGCCAUGAGCUUUUAUAAAAAGAAAGCAUAAACACCGAAUAUAGAGAUUAAUACGGUUAAUAAGAGAGUUAGCCAGUAGACUAAUUCUGUAACUUAUAUGACAAUGUCAGAGAAAAAAUCGUGGUACAGUAGAGUUCCUCAAAUUUGAACAUUGGAGGAAGGGUAGAGUAGAAAAUGAUAUUUCUCAUUCCUCAAAUUUGAACAAUAUUUUCAAAAACGUAACGGAAUUCAUGUAAAAUUCACUUUUCCUAAAAUAAGGAAAAUAACUUUAGAGAAUUUUAUCAAUGGAAUUUGUUGUUAAAUAGGUGAAAUUUGUUAAGGAAAUUAAUAUAAUACGACAAUAUUGAGGAAACAACACUAGAGAAAAAUAGUUCUAAUUCAGACUCCAUGCAAAAUUUGUUUUACAUAACCUCAAACCUCAUACAGUAGACUCUCGCUAAUUCGCUUCUUUUAAGAUCGGGCUACUUUUUAAUUCGGGUAGCGGUUACAUUUGAAAAAAGUUUGUUGUCAUUUUUCAAGUUUGAUUAUGAUUAUCAAAUGAAACAAAUAUGCUUAAAUUUGGCAUGAUUUAAUUUAGUUUUGAUUGUGUAAACUCCAUAUGUGUAUGCACAUGAAUAAAAAAAUCGUUGCAUUUCAAAAAGUUUGUCGCCCGAAUUUCUCUCUAAUUCGGGUGACGUUUUGGUCCCUAAUGCUCGAUUUUGAGAGAGUCUACUGUAUUUUACAUUUUGAAUUCAAACCUUCGUUCAAAUUUGAGGAACUCGACUGUAAAUUUGGGGGCAGAACAACAUAAUUAAAGCCUAGGUAGCUGCGAGUGGCAAUUGAAAAUAGUUUUGAAGCUCUUAAGUAAGUUAAUCUGAUUUUCAAUUGAUUUUUCCGAAUUUAUCACAUAAAAAUAUUUAAAUUUGUCAUAUGACAUUGUCAUACUGUUACAGAAUCCCUAUAGGGAACAGUGGGUUGCGGAUCGGCUAAUCAGCGCCGAUUAAUCUGCCAGGAUCAGCAGUCAAACUGAACAAAAACCGAGCCGUUUAUGGUAGAUUUGUUAUUAUAUCCACUAUAUCACCGAAUCUAAUAAAAUUCUUUCUUUAAAAAAUUUAAUUGUUCCAUUAAUGUAUUUUGUAUAAAGUGCGCAGGUUUCGUGGAAAUUACAGAUUUUAUUGCAAUAUUAAACGAAAAUUGCAGUGGAAUGUUCGGUGGAAAGUACAGACACAUCCAUGGACAAACCUCCAUAAACUCCAUAAAAAUUAAAGUAAAAUUUAUAGGAUAGGUGAGCAAUUGUCAAAUUUUUGGUUAAAUGUCAAAUACUUUGGUGUUUGUUUAUGUUUGAAAAUAGUGUGUGGGGAUAAAAAAGGAAAAUCUCCGGAAAAAUGGAAGGAUCUGAAGAAAAACCAGAAAUUAGUGAUACUGCUACUAGUGUAUAUGACUCACAUCCUCCUCUGUUGCCUCUAAUUGAAGAUAUUAAACACAUGCCCUUUCUCUGGUACCGCAAGCACAGGGAUUUCAAUAAUACUCCUGUGAAAGAUGCGGAAUACGAAAGGCUUGGUCUUCGGCACAAUAUGACUGGAAUUGAAGCAAAGGCCAAAGUUAAGUAUUUAAGAGAAAUGUAUAGCAAAGAAAGGAAAUUGCUAUUGAAUCAGGAAAUUUUUGGUCAGAAAAAUAAUGUCUGGAAGUAUUUCAAGCACUUGGAUUUUUUAGAAGUGAAUUAUUCAAAAAGUUUUAGCGAAGAGAAAGCUGAAAAGGAGCUUGGAUUGGCCACAGUUAAGAAACAAGAACCAUCUCCAGAACCGUUAGAACCAGAAGUCAUACUUUCUCCUCCGCAGAAAAAACUGAAGGUCCCUGUGGUUCCUGUAAAACCACCAGUUAUAUCAACGGGAGCACGGAGGGGUAGGCCUCCUAAAAAUCGAGUAACUCCAGUUGCUCCUCCUCCUGUCUCCAAAAAUUUCGAUGGGUUUUCUUCAGAUGAUUCUGAGGUCAUGAGACUUUCUCCAGUCAGUUGUCCCUCUCCAUCGAUUCUCAACCGGGUCUCAGUGCAUCCAGAAAGCACGGCUAUCCUGCAAUUCAUCAAAGCCACCACGGAAACCAUGUCCACGAAAAAUACAAGUGCUGCAGCUUAUCUUGAUUACCUCAGGAUAAAAUUCGAGGAGAAGAGAAUAUCAGAUAGUAAAUUUCAAGAAUUUGUGGAUUGGACAACGAACUUUGUGAAAACACUUUAAUUCCUAAUAAAUAAAUUAUUCAAAAAAUCAUUUUUUGCAUAA